CUGAAGGCAGACGCUUAACGACUGAGCCACCCAGGCGCCCCUGGAAUUAUUCUUAAAAGACCCUUUGCUUUCCAAAAUUAUGAACAUACACGUGCAUUUCCCUGGUACCUUUAUAGGGUUUUUUCCCAUUUACAUCUUUUGAUCCAGCUGGAAUUUAUUUCAUCUGGGAGUGAGUUAGAGAAUCUAGGUUUACUUGUUUUUGGUUUUUUGUGGUUUUUUUUUUCCUUUUCUUAGACAAAGGCUUGCAAGUUGGCCCAAGAGCAUUUGAAAGACAGACAUCUCUGUAGUAUGUGCGGUGGACUUGGUCUUCUUGUGUAUUCGUACUCACCUUCGUGACAGAGUUCCAUGUCUGUAAGGUUACUUUCCCAUCUCUCUCCUCUUUCAGAAUUUUCCCACCUCCUCCCUAUUAGGAUUGUAGGCAAACUUGUAUAGUUACCGUAAACACAAAGCCCAAGACUAACCAAGCAACAGACAGGAAUGGCUCUUGAUGGAUUCAUUUAGGGGUAAUUGAUGGUUUUUACAACAGUGAACAUUAUUCCCAAACGUGGUGUCUCCUCCGUGUCCUCAGCCUUCCCUCGCAGAGCCUCCCCCUAAGUGGCAGCGCCAUCCAGAGACCAGAAUCUCCUGUCUUUGCUUGUCCACAUCCUCCUGUGCCGUGUGCUGGGCCGAGCUGCCCCAGCCUUCACCUGCCCUCGCUGCGGUAGCCCCCUGUUUUCUUGUUAGUGCAGCAGCCAGAGGGGUCCUCCAUAGGCCCUCCCUCCCACGGUCUCACGUCUCAGAUGAGAAGCCGUGUGCUCUGCCGGGCCCGGGGCCUCUUGUGCCUUCAUCACUAGUCUUCACACGUGUGAGUUGCAGCUGCCCCACGCAGAGGUCGGCCUACCUGCCUUGUGCACAGAACCUCUGUGCUGUGCGGUAGGACUUGGGUCUUUGAGCGAACGAAAGGUUUGCGUCUGGAUAUUUAGUGACUCGCUUUGUGCUGUUGAGAAUUCUGGGGAGUUACUGCUUCUAUGUGGGAAAGCGACUGAUUGAUGAUUGGUGUAUUGUUAGUCAGCUGUCAACUCACUGACUUUUCUUUUUGUUUCUGAUAGUUUUUAGUCAGCCAGCAUGGAUUUUCCAGCCACACAGUUAUAUCAGGAAAAAGCAGCGAUAAAGUCACUGGUUGGUCUUGCGGAGGGUUACCACGCCCACUUCCACCCAGUUGCUCAGCUUAAAAAACAGGUGCUGAGCUGUGAGAAGAGCAUCAGGGUUUGGCCCCUUCUGCCUUUGCCUGAAGAGGCCGAGGAGGCAGCCAGAUUAGAAGGUACUUCUGAAACACAGGCCUGCGAGGCUUUAAUCACAGAAAUCCUGAGAGCCCUGCCCCGCCACUUGCCCGAGAGCCGUGGUGUUGUCAGCGACUGGGACAGUCUUCCCGCCGAGAGGUGGCCCCAGGUGAUCCAAGAACUCUGCGGCACCCCUGUCCCAACUCUCUUCUGUCCCAGAACCGUUCUGGAGGUGCUCACCGUGCUCCGAAACAUCAGCGCACACUGCGCCCGCGUGUCCAGCCAGGUCGCUGCCUCUGUGGAGCUGAGACACCAGCAGUGGGUGGAAAGGAGACUGCGCUCCCGGCAGAGGCAGACCUACCUGCACAUGCUCACUAGUGUUAAGCUUCUGUCUCCUGUGCUUUACCUGAUUUUAUUGCUGAUUGCCCUGGAAUUGGUCAACAUUCAUGUGGUUCAUGGAAAAAAUACUUACGAAUAUCAACAGUAUCUAAAGUUCUUAAAGUCGAUCUUGCAGUACACGGAGAACCUGGUGACUUACACCAGCCAGCAGAAGAACAAGUGGAACGAAACUAUCAGUCUUACACGUACAGCUCUGUUGAAAAUUUGGACUUUCAGUGAGAAGAAACAAAUGUUAAUACAUUUAGCCAAGAAAUCCGCAAGUAAAGAAGGCUUAUGAAAACACUUAGAAGUCAAGAUGCUUUUGGCUACAUCUGAAAGCUCAGCCUGAAUAGGCUUUACCAGCAUGGAAAUUGAAAAGCCAAAGGUAGGGUGGAUUGCAGGCUCUGAUUGGUCAGGGAUCAAGUUCCGUUUCUCUGCAGUUUUCUGAAUUGCUGUUCCCGCGUUUGUGUGAACCUUAGGCUGGGUCCCUUCCUGGGACCAAAUGGCCGCAGCAUUUUGGCCACCAUGACACAGUGUCCAGGGGGAGCUUUAUACCCACGUCACCCAGGAAACUCUUGAAAAUGGUCACUGUGGCCAGGUCCCCCUGCCCCCUGUCUUCACUGGCCAAACUGGGUAGGCUCCCCUCCUGAGCCACCACUGGGGCACAGAGAAAGAACGUGGGCCAGUCCGGCCUCAUCCCUGGAGCUGAGAGCAAGGUUGGAUGGUCCAGAUCCUAUGGGACAGAGUUGGGGAGGAAGGUAUGGUGGGCAGACGGUGCCAGGCAGCAGGUGUGCCCAUCUGUGUGUGGCCGGGAGAGCAGGAGCCCUGGCACGUGUCUGGGUAGGAGGGUCUCGUGUAGGAGCGGGGAGAGCUGGAGGACUGAGGGUCAAGGGUGCAGUCGCCCCAGUCCUGCUCGGAGAGCUGAAGUCUGAUUCUCGAGGGCUCUCUGGGCCACUGCAGUUGUCUGGAGCAUCCAUCAGCCGGCAGCUCUCACACCCACUGUGAGGCCGUCCCCAACCUCAGGUCUGCAUGUGCGCUAGGCCUCGCACAGUGACUUGUGGCCUCUCCACCGUCCCUACCUCCCAGGCAGGUUCUAGCCCAUGUUCUAGUCCAAGGAACGGUGCCCACCCUGUGUGUUUCGGGCUUCUCUGCUGUAGAGAGCAGUGCCGAGGCGGUCUCAAAGGGAAGGGGUGGUGCUGUGGGAAGACAGACAUUCCAUCACAUUCCAUCCAUCCCUUUGCCAACUCAGCACCCACCACCCCUUUUAAACUAAACUCCAGGUAAGGACAGAGAGCACCGGGCUUCUGCCCCUGCGAUGUGGCCUUCUCUGGUGCAGGUGUAGACCCCGGAGCCCCCGCGUCUGGGCUUCUGCCCCUGUGACAUGUUCUUUUCCAGCAGUCACACCCUCCCUUGGACAUACUCUAAAUUAAACGAUAAUUUAUGGUAUCAGUCCCUCUAAAUCCUCCUGAUGUUAGAGCUGCAAUGAAAAAGGGGAAAUAAAAGAAUUGAUAUAUUUACCAAGCACAUGAA